AUCAAUCUCGAUUAGCGGCAACCGGUAACGGCGGCUACGGCGUUGGCGGUCGGCUGAGCGUCUGUAGUGGCCAGUAGUUUCCUUGUUCUAUUCCGUUCCAAAGGUGGUCGAGCUCGUUGCAUUCGAUCCGGAUGCGCUCGACGCUGGUUCGUGACAACACGUGACACUUGCGAACCAAUCGAUCUCGGCAAUUAACGACAUCCUUGCCACGGAGAAACAGCUCUAGAACACGUGGGUCAUGGAUCUCUCCGGCUACGGUUUCAAGGGUAAGACAGCGAUGGUAACCGGUGCCGGCACCGGCAUCGGCCGCGUCAUCUGCAAACAGCUGCGCGAAGCGGGCGCGCAUGUGAUCGCCGUUGGACGGAAUCCGGAGGAUCUCGAUUCGUUGCGCGCGGAAUGUCCGGGAAUCGAAACAAAAUGCUGCAACUUGGCCGACUGGGAUGCCACCGAACGGGCUCUGAAGUAUUCGAAGGUCGACCUGCUCGUCAACAAUGCCGGCGUUGCGAUCCUCGAAUCGGUCGGCGAAAUCACGGACAAAGCCUUCUCGGCCACGAUGAACGUGAACACGAAAGCCGUAAUCAACGUGACCCAAUGCUGUCUGCCGAGCAUGAAGGCAAACAAGCGCGGAGCGAUCGUUAACAUGUCCUCCCAAGCGUCGAUUGCAGCUCUGAAAGAUCACGCUGUGUACUCGGCAUCCAAGGCCGCAAUGGAUGCCCUGACAAGGGUUUUCGCGCUCGAGCUCGGCCCGUACAACAUUCGCGUCAACUCCGUUAACCCGACAGUCACAAUGUCACCAAUGGCGAUGGUGGGCUGGGCGGACGAGACCAAGAGCAAGGAAAUGAAAUCCAAAAUUCCUCUCGGCCGCUUCGCGCAGCCUGAGGAAGUUGCCAACACAGUUCUGUACCUUCUCUCAGAUCGAUCCUCAAUGAUAACCGGAACCUGUUUACCGAUCGACGGGGGUUUCACGGCUUGCUGAGUUGCCUCCCUUGGCCUGUUCAUGUAAUUUCGGAGCCGAUCCGAAUAAAGUGCAUU